AUGCUCGUACAUGGUGAAGGAGAGUUGUUGGUGCCGGCGCACCUCAAUUUUGGGAAGUACGUGUUGGAUCGGCUGCGGAAAGCAAACCCCGAUCGCUUAUGUUUCCGCAACUGUACGAGAGACGAUCAGCUGACGUACGCACAGUUCACGCAGCAUGCGGUUAGAGUGGCGAGUGCGUUGGCGCAGCGAGUGGUGCGCGGGGACACGGUGGCGGUCAUGGGCGAGCCGAGGGCCACGCAGCUACCUACUGGCCUUGGCAUAAUCCUGGCGGGUGCUACGUGCACGCCGAUCCCGUUCGACUGCGGAACAGCUAUCUUGACACACAAGCUAACACUAACGAAGCCAAAAUACGCUUUCUGCACUCGAUUAUUCUGGGAAACACACAGCGACGUACUGAAGAAAUUAGAUUUCAUCAAAUCCUUCAUAUGUUUCGAUGGAGUCAUCGCAGGCACCGAGUCGCUGGAGACGUUUUUGUCAAAUGUGGACGUGGAUAUAGACACUUACGAGCCAGUUAGCGUGAACGGGGUGACUGACGUGGCCUUCAUUUCGUAUUCCUCUGGGACAACGGGACUAUGCAAGGGAGUGCAGCAUACUCAUUUAAACUCUAUUGCGCAUUCUGACCCGCAAUGGUGGUACGACUUUGAAUCUUUGGAAACCCUUUAUUUCGCGGGAUCGCAUCUGUGCGGACCCUACGGCUUUUUCCGGGCUUAUGCGUUCUUGUGCGCCGGCAAAUUAAUUGUUAACACAGAAGAUUUGCAUGUAGACUUGAAAGUUAUACAGGACUAUAAGGUGAACACGAUACCGACCAUUCCCUUCUUAGUUGACGAGCUGGUCAACGCUAAUACAGACGAGUACGAUCUCAGCUCUUUGAAGGUGAUUGUGACCGCUACUGCACCGCUUCUGCCUUCACUGGUGCAGGCAUUCUCGAAAAAAUUUCCUAAUGUGAAGUUGGAAAACCUGUAUGGCGCGACUGAAGUGAGUCCGAUAACCUCGCAAGAUGCUUCUUCAGUGGGAACCACCAGUCUGGGCGUUGCGUGUGCUGGCAACACAUUAAAGGUGGUGGACGUAGACACUCGAGCAAUCCUUGGACCAAACCAGCGCGGGGAGAUCUGCGUUCGAAGCCCACGAGUCAUGAAGGGAUACCUAGGUGAGUCAUACAACCUAGACGAGGAAGGUUUCUACAUGACGGGAGACUUGGGGUACUACGAUGACCAGAAACACUUCUAUCUUCUGGACAGGCUGAAGGACAUCAUUCUUUCUACUGGAUGUACGGUAUCCCCAGGUGAGGUUGAGGCGGUCCUUCUUGAGCAUCCCGCGGUGUUAGAGGCGGCCGUGGUGGGCAAGCCGGCUGAGAAGGUCACCGAGAAGCCCACGGCCUUCGUGGUGCUGCGCCCCGGGGCCUCCGCCACCGAGGCCGAGCUGGUCGAGUUCGUAGACCCUCAGGUCGCCUGGUACAUGCGACUGACUGGCGGCGUGAGGUUCAUCUCUGAGCUCCCCAGGAACGACAUGCAGAAGAUCUUGCGUCGACAACUGAGGGAGACACUGGUUGAAGAGGCUAAGGCGGAAGGACAAUAGGGAUCAGUGUUACCUUAUCUUUCAUUUAGCCACAUUUUUAAUGAAAAAGUGACGUUAAUGUCCUACCUAAAACCUACCGU